CUGCCGCCCCCGCCGCCCGCGCGCCCCGGGGCGCAGGUUUGGAGUCCCUAAGUCAUCCUUUGCCCUCCCUAGCCGAUGUGACGUCACCAGCUCCCUCCCCACUCCUGCAGUGACUUUGGCUGGGAGUGGAGCAGAGCGGUGGGCCCGGCCAGCCACCUCCUUCACCGAUGCUGCCCCCGACAGGGUCCAAGGGACAGUGGCAGCCAUGGCUCCCCCUGCCCCAGCCCCUCCUUUCGUCCUGCGCUGACCUGCGAGGCGUAGGUACCCUCGGGACCCUGGAGGACUGACUCUCCGAGCCGGCUUUGCACCGCCCCUCCCCGCCCCCAAGAUGUCGCUGGAGUGGCUGGUGGCCUGGAGCUGGUCGCUGGAUGGCCUAAGGGACUGCAUCGCCACCGGCAUCCAGUCCGUGCGGGACUGUGACACCACCGCGGUGGUCACCGUGGCCUGCCUGCUGGUGCUGUUCGUGUGGUACUGCUACCACGUGGGCAGGGAGCAGCCCCGGCCCUACGUGUCGGUCAACUCCCUGAUGCAGGGCGCCGAGGCCAACGGGCUGCAGAACGGCCUUGUGUACUGCCAGUCCCCGGAGUGCGCGCGCUGUGCCCACAACGAGGGCCUCAACCAGAAGCUGUACCACAACCUGCAGGAGUACGCCAAGCGGUAUUCGUGGUCGGGCAUGGGCCGCAUCCACAAGGGCGUCCGCGAGCAGGGCCGCUACCUCAGCAGCCGGCCCUCCAUCCAGAAGCCCGAGGUCUUCUUCCUGCCCGACCUGCCCACCACGCCCUACUUCUCCCGGGACGCGCAGAAGCACGACGUGGAGCUGCUGGAGCGCAACUUCCAGACCAUCCUGUGCGAGUUCGAGGCCCUGUACAAGGCCUUCUCGAACUGCAGCCUCCCGCAGGGCUGGAGGCUGAACAGCACCCCCAGCGGGGAGUGGCUCACCUUUUACCUGCUCAACCAGGGGGUGUGCGUGGCCAGGAACUGCAGGAAGUGCCCACGGACGUACCGCUUGCUCGGCAGCCUUCGGACCUGUAUUGGCAACAAUGUCUUUGGGAACGCGUGCAUCUCCGUGCUGAGCCCCGGCACCGUGAUCACGGAGCACUACGGGCCCACCAACAUCCGCAUCCGUUGCCACCUAGGUCUGAAGACCCCCAACGGCUGUGAGCUGGUGGUGGGGGGCGAGCCGCAGUGCUGGGCGGAAGGGCGCUGUCUUCUCUUCGACGAUUCCUUCCUGCACACCGCGUUCCACGAAGGUGCAGUGGAGGACGGCCCCCGGGUGGUGUUCAUGGUGGACCUGUGGCAUCCCAACGUGGCAGCGGCCGAGCGGCAGGCCCUGGACUUUAUCUUCGCUCCGGGACGAUGAGGACGCGGUGCGCGCUGGCGUCAGCGAGAGGGGCCGCGGCGAGCCUGCGGGGCGAGCUCUCGCUGGGAUCCCUGCGUCCCGUCGGAACCGGGACUCCUCCGCUUGUUUCCUUAGACCGUUCUCCCCUCCCAACCAUUGGCUCCCGAGACCCCUUUCCGGCCUCCGCGCACGUUCCUCUGACCGCGUGAGCAGAGCCUCCCUGCCCCCUGUGUUCUGUUGCUACCUGGUUUUCUCAGUGCUCUCACCCAGAGUGACCUCAUGCUCUCUGUCCGACUGUCCUAACGUGAACCUGUCGCGGUCACCUCCAGAGAGAACCACAAAAACCGAGCGAGUGAGCUGCAAACCAGAGAGCUGGGGCAUCGGCCUCUGAGCCCGAGAGGGCACCCCUGGCAGGUGGAAAGGUACCAGACACCGCUUUGGGAGGCGGGGAGGGGAGCGCCCAGCGGCCAGGCCCCAGGGACACCGGCACCCCCGGCUCAGCGCACCCAGACCCUGUGGGGCCCCUGACGGUGCCGCCUUGGGCUGGUGGGAGUGGGGGCGUUCCUCAGACACAGCUCUUUAUAGACCUGAGGGCGGGGCUCCCCCGGGUCAGCCGGGCCGUGGUCCACUGCCGGUUGGCACCUGGUGGGAUGAGACCGCACUCGUCCAGUGACACCGCGCGGAGGGCCUCUCCCGGGCGCGGCUGGAACCACAGAGCCCACCAAAGUGUCCGUUUCGCUUUGGAGUUUCUGCAGCCCGUGGCUUCGCGUCUGUUUCUUCCGUACACAACACUGUUCAAACGCGCUCUGCCGCCCUGUGUCUUUGUCCCCACUCAGGGUGUGCACUCAGGGCCAGUGACCCAGGCCCGGCCUGUGAAUAGGGAACGUGGGGAGGCCUGCAGAGCCCCAGGAUCGCCGUGUGGCUGUUUGCAGAAGCGAGGGCAGAGCUGGCUGGAGGCUGUGAGUUAGAAACGGGCUGCCGUCGGCUGGUGUGGGCAGCGGCGGCCUCCUGCCACCUGGGACCGGCCUGAGAAUGUCACUGUCAGGUGUGUGAAGUCCCAGAGCAGCGUGGGAUGCGCAGCUCGCGGAAGGCAGCCGCUUCCUCGGGGCCCAGCUGUCAGGAGGAGGCUGGGCGUGCGGCAGGCCAGCUGGUCACCCCCAUGUGAUGUCCACCCCCGAGCAGGGCGUCCAGGCAGGUCCUCUCCAGCCAUCAGGCCGUGGGAAAGGGCGGGCGGUGCGGACAUGCCCGAAGGCCUCCUCUUCCUCCAGCGUCUCGUGGGAAAGUCGCUGGGGUGCAUGAUGUCCACACGGAGCGCCCGCUCCGCCCUGCGGUUACAAACCCCACAGCCCCCACGGGCACCUGGCCGCCUGUGCUCACGUGAUGUGCUCGGGGAACAGAGAUAAAUAAAGGA